AUGAUAUUGAAUAUUUUGUGCUUAAAACUUAUUUUCAUCGGAUUUGCACAAUGCCAAACAAUGAAUGUAACAUUAACUGGCACAGGAAUGUGUCUUGGAGGAAAUUUCAAAAACGUCAUAGAAUUGAAGAAACAUGUACAGCAUUGUGUCGUCAUUGUGGGGUAUCUGGAGCUUGCAUUUAGAGCAAGGAAUAAUUUUACCGGCGUACAGUUUGAUAACCUACGAGAGAUAACCGAUUAUCUAGUUGUCUACAAUGCAAUCGGUUUGGAAUCGGUCGGACAGCUCUUUCCGGCAUUAACAAGAAUUAGAGGGAACAAGCUGUUGUUCAACAAUUACGCAUUGGUUGUGCACGAUAACCCGAAUCUAAGAGAGGUUGCUCUUUUUAACUUGAUUAAAAUCGACCAAGGUGGAGUUAUAAUAUGGGGUUCUCCUCAGGCAUGUUAUGUUAAUACAAUAGAUUGGAAGGUCUUAACACCUAAAGGGAGACACCUUAUUAGCCCAUCUGAAGGACAGGUAGAAUGUAAUGUACCUUGUUUUUGUACAUCAUAUAAACCGAAAAACCGGUGUUGGAAUAACAAAAAAUGCCAGAUAUUCAUUGAAGAUGAGCAAUGUGAUAAUCAAUGUCUAGGCUGUCGAAAAACUAAAAAAAUAGAAUGCUUCACCUGCCAGUAUUAUACAUUUAAGUUUGACUGUGUUUUUAAAUGCCCUGUUGGAACGUUUGUACAAACGGACAGUCAAUACUGCCUUUCAAAGGAAGAAUGCCACGAAUUCGGUGGAUUCGUAUGGAACAGUACCUGCAUAACCGAAUGUCCGGAAGACUACCUAUUAAGUAACAAAACAGUAGAAUCCACUUGUGAACCCUACAGUGGUCGUGAAAUGAAUUGUUCCAGUUUGACAAUACAAUAUUCAUGGGACAUACAAAAUGCAGAAAACUGUGUCUACAUAAAUGGAGCUUUGAUACUUCGUUUGAGAUAUGUUCUAGACGCAAUGGAUCAGUUGAAGAAGUAUUUAAAUAAAAUUGAGGAGGUAUCUGAUUUUAUUGUAAUAGAAUCCUCUGAUGUGAUAACAUCUUUAGAUUUUAUGUCAUCCCUUCGGGUGAUAAAAGGCAAUAAAUUAAAAGAUGGUAAAUAUAGUUUAUAUAUUUAUAAUAACAAUUAUCUUCAAACAUUGUUUACCCCAGAAGUUACAAAGAAUCUGCAAAUUAAAAAUGGUACUGCAAGUUUCCAACGAAACCCCAUUUUAUGCAUGAGUUUCAUUGAUGAAAUAAAAAGCCGAUUUCCAACUCCACCCAAUGACUUAGAUAUUUUUAUUGGUACUAAUGGCUACCGCGGCGGAUGCAAAGAAGUGCGAUUUAAUUUCACUAUAACAGCCAAUAGCGAUACAACUGUUAAAGUCAGUUUUUCUAUAGAGGAUUACAAUACACAUUACACAGCGUUGUAUGCACGAUUGAAACCAGGCGUUCAAUCGAAAGCUGUUCCUGAGAAUUAUUGUGAAAUUGAAUGGCGUGAUGCUGACAUAACAACGAUAAGUGGUAAAAGUUUCUGUAUUGUGGAGUUAAAAGAUUUAGUACCGGCGUCUACCUAUGCCUUUUGCGUUGAAAUUUUCAAUCCCAAAAAGGUCCAAUUGAGCAGAAGUAACACAGUUAACUUCACGACUCCUAUUGGAACUCCUGAACCACCAUUUAUUCUACAACUGGUUGCUUCUUCAUCAAAUCUUGUAGUGUUACGGUGGACUGACCAUAAAAAUUACAUUGCACAUAUAAAAAGUUACGAGUUGGAUGUGGAACUAUUAGAGAUGAACCCAAGAGAGUCUAUGGUAGACUAUUGUAAAUACAAUGAUGAUUUUUUUGAAGAAGACGACAUCCGUCAUGCUAUAGUAAGGAAGCCACCUGCAGCCUAUAAAAGAGACUGCGAAUCAAAAUGUGGUAUACUUUCUUCAGUUCCACCUGGAGUCAUGGCAGAAGAAUAUUUUGAAGUGUGUGAUGAACAUUUCAGCUGCAACUAUAGCGAAGAGAGCGUAAUUGUAAACAGUUCCAUAUCCAAAAACUAUGUUCGAACUUUAGCUUUAAAAUUGGAUGGGCCAAGAAAUGACUUCCAGGUUGGAGGAUUGGCUCCAUUUAGUGAUUACAGGUUCAGACUUAGAUCAUGUGUAGACAGAAAAUGUAGCAGAUCCGCACGUGGUAUUGUAAGAACAUUUCGUGCUAAAAAUGCCGAUGUAAUAUCAAACAUUUCCGGCCAUGCAGAUGGUUCGGGAACUGUAACCGUUAAAUGGAAAUCUCCAGAAAUAACCAACGGUCCGAUUUUAAGUUAUUCUGUAGAAAUUUUACCUAGGAUUAAUAUAAAUAAUAUUUUGCCGCACGUUGUGUGUGUUAGGGCGAAUGAAACAGAGAUUGUUGUUAAAUCUGUGAUAAUUUCCAAAUAUUUAGUGAAAGUGUGUCUUAAGACUUUAGCUUCGAGUAGAAAUUGCAGUGACUGGGUAAUAAUUACUGCAGAUCAUAUACCAAUACCUCCUUCACCUCAUACAUCAAAGAUGCAAAUAUUGUGGACGGGUGUUCUUUGUGGUAUUUUGAUGUACAUAGCAACAUUUCUUGCUGUUUGGUUAAAGUCUCAUAGAAGAAUCCAGAGCGAUACUAUACCUUUAGUCGAUAGUUUGUCUUCAUGUCGGGUGGAGAGCGACGCACCAGCCCUUAUGCUAUCAGAUUUUGUAACAUUUCAUACAAUGUCUUUAGAGUAA